UUCUACACAAUCCGCAACCACGAGGCCUCUCGUCAUCAUGAUGUAUUACCCUUCCCACGGCCGAUGUGGCACGCUAGCCUCAAGACACAAUUCUCAGUGAGAAGACAGAAGCAACCAGCAGCGCGCUGCCCUGGCGGCAUGCCCUGUGCAAGGCGGACAGGACAGACGACGCGGACCUAGCGCGAGAGGGAGGGCAUGAGAAGCGUUGGACUAAACGGAGGACGAGAAGGACAGAGACAUGGAGGGAGUAGGUACCAUGAGCCUUCAGCCCUCAAGUCCGCACACUGCGCACAGACUCGAGAAGCACCGGCCAUGCUGCUUCCACGGCACGGUGCAUGCACUGCACGCCGAGAGGCGACAGCAACAAAAAGUCGAAGCACGGGCACAGGGCCUCGGCUGGUGAAACGUCGUAUUGAACUAGACCUAGGGGCGUUCCUCCUACUCGAGCGAAAUGGACCGGUACCGUGAAAGGUGAGAAGCAGAAGUUGCGAGAACGGAAUUUGCGGGAUGGUGAUCGUUCUGUCCACCACUGCUGGCCAAUCCCCUCUCCUCCCUUGGAGCACAAGGGGACGAGGAUGCGAGCCCAGAGCGAAAGAUGAACACGGCGCGGGAACGGCAGCGCACGGGCCCAUAUGGGCCUGGCGCGCCACUCGGCAACGCAGGUCGGCAACGCAGGCGGAAAAAGGCAACUGGAUGGAGCACAACAAAAAUUCGGCGACUCCGAGGGCGGCAUGGCUCGGCCAUGUGCCCGCGAGCUCGCCCCCCGGGGCUUCCAGCGCGAAGCCGCGGCGCUGCCCCCGCCGGCCUGCGACCGCGAAAGCAGCGGCCCGUGCGAGGCGGGAGCGGCGCACAGCGCUCAGCGCUUGAUGGCCCCGUUCCCCGACGAGGGACUCGACCUUUAACAAAGGAACGAGACAUGGCAUAAACAUAAUAACUCGGAGGUCCGCGCGGAUGUCUCGGAUCGGCGCUGGGGGCCCCAGGCAGCGCCCCCAGCGCCGCCCCUGGCACGCUCCGCGCGCCAGGGAAGGGAGCCCAGCGCGGAUCCAAGAGAUCCGCGCGGACGUCCGAGUUAUUAUUUGUAUGACAUUUUUCGUCCACCUAUUUUAAGCCACCCUUCGGGUGAUCUAAAGGUUGCGGGUGAUGGGUGCAGCUUUGGGCUCACGAUUGGAGGGGAAGGAGGAGGAGGGGGAGGAGGACGGGUCGCCUAAGCCCUUCGGAGAAACCCUCCGCCCAGCAGCGCGCGGGCGGUGGCCCAGUAGUCGGCGUCGUCGAGCCGCUCCUGGGGCCGUCCGGGCAGGGCGCUUUGCGUGCGGGCCGCCGCAGCUGUGCAAGAGCGCCCGCGCCUCGGUUCCCAGGGCGCGCGCGCCUCGGGUCCUCCUCCU